GCCUGAUGAGAAACGCACCUCCGGCGCCGAGACAGUCGCAAAAUCCAUGACGGCGCCGUCCGCCCCGAGAAGGCGCACAGCCGGAAGUGGGAGCCGUUGUCAGGGAAACGACAACUCCCAGAAUGCAUGGCGCCGCACCCGCCAGGUGCUCCCUCUCCCAAGCCAUAUAUUGAAGAGCAGUUAGAAAAUAGCAGCCCAUGUGUGAAAUCUCCUCUGAAAGUUCACAUGCAUUUUCAUACCAAGAGCUGCCCCAAAGAAAUGAUCGACGUUAUGAGGGUGGUGUGAAGCCAAAACGUAACUUAAAACAAGUAGCAAUUACACAGGUGGUCAGUUACAACUUGAGCAGAAAAGGACCAUCAGAAAGAGACUCUUGGAGGACAUUGCCACACAGCCCUGUGAAUGUCACCAUUAAUGGAAGUCCCUGCAUUCUUUUCUGGGCAAGGAGGAUAAUGAUUAAAUUUAAAAAUCAUACACAGCUGGACUUGACAGAGAAGACAUUUGGCGUACAUGCAACCGUGGAUGUUGGAGAUUCCAACUGCAGUGAAGACAGUGCAAUGCUUUCACUUAAGUUUGGUGACAUGGACAACCUCAAGGGGCUUGUUAUUAGAUUUUUAUUGACAAACAGUUAUUACAAGCUGUCUGUUCAGAACUGGUUUAGUUUAUACAGAAUACAGCUGCUUUACAACCAUUCUGUGCAAGCAACAUUUAACACAACCAGAAUAUAUGCUCCAGCAAGUUAUUCCUAUCACUGUGAACAUGUGAGCAGCUUGCAGAGGUAUGAUGCACUCCUGAUGCCCAGCUCCGCAAACGAUGUGUCAAGGCUGUGGGAAGUCACUUUUAUCGAUUUCCAGAUUCAAGGCUUUAACGUAGAAGGAGGACAGUUUGCUUAUGCCAAAGAUUGUGCAUCCUUUUUUUCACCAGCAAUUCUGAUGGGCUUGAUUAUGUCACUGAUUCUGCUUCUAGUCCUGGCCUAUGCUCUCCAUAUGUUGAUCCACCUGAAGUCUCUUGAUAGGCAUUAUGAAAGCAAAGCCUCUCCUGCCUAUUUUGCACAAAUGAAAGACCGUGACAUGGCAGAUGAAAAAGAACCACUGAGAAGCAAUGGAAAUGAGUCCUAUGAACUUAGAAGUCAACAGUUUUGUAAAGUCUAUAUUUAGAAGAGUGUGUCUCAUUCAGGCUAUUGGUAUUUUCUUUUUGCUAUUCUAUGCUGUUUAGUUGUACAGUAGCUAAAAGUGUUCAAAUGAUUUAUUUGAUCAAAGAAUAAAUAAAUAUA